AAACACCAAACUGUUCAUUUCCUCCCAAAGUUUUUCUUUUUCUUCCUCAGGAUCUCCUGUGGUUCUUACCGAUUGCUGCGAAUUGAAGUUAUUAAUAGUGGCAGAGGUGACAGAGAAAUCAUCUUUGAGUGAGUACAAGGAGCUUGUUGUGGGGUUCUAGCUGGUUGAUUGGAAGUUAACUUGGGAUUGGCAGUCUUUUGUUGAGUUGGAGGUUUAACGCUGAAACUGUGAAAUCCCUCCAUCUUCUUGUGUCAAUCUUGAAGAUUUUUAUACCUUCUUGAAAUUUGAAAUGGUUUUUAAUGUUUUGUUUCCUCAUACAUCAGCAAUUCGUACCUUUCAGUUUGGCAUUGGACGAGAUAUACAAAAGACAUAGCUUUUCAGACAAUUGAAAAGAGGAUUGGGAACAGUCAAAUGGAAGGGCCAUCAUUUUUUGAUAGAAUGAUCAAUCAUCUUCGUUCCACAUGCAAGUACUAUACUGGCUAUCCAAAAGAUCUUGGUCCAUCACGGGUUAUUCAUUUUAAUUCAGAACGUGAGUUUGUCCAGCUCCUUCAUGAAGGCAAUCCUGUGGUUGUUGCAUUCACAAUAAGAGGUAAUUACACAAGACAUCUUGACAAAGUGUUGGAGGAAGCUGCUGCUGAGUUUUAUCCUCAUAUUAAAUUUAUGCGUGUUGAGUGCCCAAAAUAUCCAGGUUUCUGCAUAGCACGGCAGAAGAAGGAAUAUCCAUUCAUUGAGAUAUUUCAUACUCCUGAACAAGUUGGUGAUUAUUCUUGUUGAAUAUAGUCGUGUUAUUAUGCAGCAACAUCCAUGAUUCUAUAGUCAGUUACUCUAUAUAAGUUAAAUCAAUGGGAGAAAUUUCAUUAUAAGAUUUGAUACUUUUGGUUCAACAUAGACAUGGCCUUGCAGCAAUAGAGUAGAUAAGUCAGAUGUCAGUCAGUGCUUUGAUUUGCCCUUCAGCUGUUUCAUAAAGCUCUUUACGACAACUUUGUGGUUACUUUGCAAACUUUUGACUGAUGCUUCAUAUAAUUAUCAAACAAUGAUGCUUGAAACUUAAAUGUAUACUGCGGCUCUUGCUCAUUGAUAUGUCUAUUUGGUGCAGGUAGCCAACCAAGGGAGAGUUACUGAUGCAAAUAUUACAAGAUACUCUGUUAAAGUUUUACCUUUCAAUUACGACCUCAGUGCCUAUGGAUUCAGAGAAUUUUUCAAGCGCCAUGGUAUACGGACCUCAGAUCCAAAGUGAAGCCAAUGGAGGUUACCAGGGGUCUUGUUAGGUUCAUGCUUUGUGAUACCUGAUAGCAUGUUGCUAGUGAUUGCAAUCUGUGCAUGUCAUGGUUGUCAGACGUUACGUACUUUUUCAAGUGUUUGUAAACCUUAAACCGCAUGCGUUCCAUUUUUGUUUUCUGGAUUUACUAAAAUGAUGACCAGAAAAUCUUUUCUUCCUUGAUUCAAUGUUUUGUUCUCUGUUUCUCUGUGAGGGUUUAUUUUCCUUGUGUUUACUUUGUGUGUUUGUUUUUUUUAAAUAUAACUUUAAAUGAUGA